AUGCGUUCAGCUCCUCUAACAGCUGCCCGCUUUCAGUUCUUUGAACCUGCUGCAAGCAUUCUCAACACUUCUGGUGUGGCAACGGGAUCUACAAAUGGCCACAACUCCCCAGUUCAUCAGCGUUUAAUAUCAACCACGCCAAACGAAACCACCUUCUCCAGGUCAAGAAUGAACUCCCCGCAAGAGGAAUGGGUGCCGGUAACGCAAAAGGAUGCGACUGGUCUCAUUCGACUCCAAAUGAAUGGCUCCUCAAGGCGACUCAACCAGAUCGACCAGAUCAGGGCAAAGGGUGUGGGAGACCAUAUCUCGCUACCUCAGCUGGUAGUGUGUGGUGACCAGUCCGCAGGUAAAAGUUCGGUCCUUGAGGGCAUCACUGGAGUGCCGUUCCCGCGACAGGAUGGAGUCUGUACGAGAUUUGCCACCGAGAUCAUCCUUCGUCAUUGCCCCAACAGGAACGAGAUUGUUGCUAAGAUACUUCCCGCCGCCUCCCGGUCCGAAGAAGAAAGAUUUCGGAUGACUUCAUUCGAAAGACAACUUACAGGUUUUGACGAUCUGCCUCAAGUCAUUAAAGAAGCCUCGGCGCUCAUGGGGAUCAGAGACUGCACAGAUCCAAAGCUAGACUCUCCAGCGUUCACCGCCGAUGUACUUCGACUAGAGGUCAUUGGAGAUACAGGUCUUCAUCUCACAGUGGUCGACCUUCCUGGUCUCAUCUCUGUAUCGGAAAACAUUGAAGACAUGCGCACCGUUGAGUGUCUGGUGGACGGUUAUCUGGAGAGCUCAAGAACAAUCAUCUUGGCUGUCGUACCAGCCUCCAAUGAUAUCGACACUCAAGGCAUUAUCCAGAGGGCACGAAAAUUUGAUAAGAACGGGGUACGCACAGUUGGCAUCAUAACAAAGCCAGAUCUCAUCAACAAAGGCACCGAAUCGCGAGUCGCGAGCUUAGCCAAAAACUCGGAUCGUGUGAAGCUGAAGCUUGGCUUCUUCCUCCUUAAGAAUCCAUCACCUUUGGAGAUUAGCAAUGGCCUGCUUUGGGAGGAAAGGCAGCAGCAGGAAACACAAUUCUUCAGUAGUAGCCCGUGGAAGGAACAGAAUCUGGACAAAACAAGAGUCGGAAUUGACAACCUACGGAGCUUUCUCCAGCAACUCCUUGAUAACCACAUCGAACAAGAGCUACCCAAGGUCCGUAAGGAGAUAGAAUCACUACUCCGGACCACCGAACAUGAGCUGGCUCACAUAGGACCGGAGAGAUCAUCAGUCAGCCAGAUUCGCAUGUUUCUCACCCAAACCAGCAUGGAAUUCUUCAAUCUUACAAAAGCUGCCAUUGACGGAAAUUAUGGUGGUCGAGAUUCUGUCUUUUUCACUAGAACGACCAAACCGGACACUCGAUUGAGAGCCAGGAUCCACAUGGUCAACGAGCAAUUUGCCGCCUGCAUGAGAACGAAAGCUGCCAAGAGGCGACUCAAGGAUGGCGUCCAAGAAGACAGCGAAUCAAGUCAAUCUGGAAUCUCAGAAGAGUCUGAGGGUGAUGCACCAAAGCAACAAAUCAGUGUAUCGAAAAAAAACUUGAUGAAAUGGGUCAAGAAGGUUUGUAGAUGCCUGACCGGGUGUUGCUUUACUAAAACAGCAGCAGAUAUAUCUCAACAGCCGCGGCCGUGA